AUGUGCAGUCUUCUCUGCCCAGACCUCUUUCUCUUGAAAACUUUGGCAGGAAGUCAGAAAGUUGAGACUAAACCUAGAAUCGCUUUCGGCGACUCAUACACCUACGUGCAAGGAACGCAUGGCCACCAGAACUACAGUUUCAUCGGUGACCAGUUCAACUAUGCAUACGAUGCACAGACUUUACCCUCCGACAUGAUUGUCCAAAAUCAAACCGCAACCGCAGAAGGAGGUCCAAACUGGAUCGAAUACCUCACAAACUGCGGCGUCCAGCCAGGCAUCACCUCACCACUCAGUUGCAAAAAGCAGCUCUGGGACUUUGCCUUUGCCGGCGCAGACAUAUCAACCGAAUACACACCCCUCCACCACAACUUCACCGUCUCCCUCGUAAACCAAAUAACCCAAUUCAAAGAAUACGGCCACGCUACCAUCUCCCACAUCCUCCCGGCGACAGACACCCUAAUCGCAACCUGGAUCGGCAUCAACGAUGUCGGGGAUAGCAGCAAAUACCCGGUGCAUUUCCCAACAUUCUACAAAAACCUCACGAGCACGCUCUUCACCUCAAUCGACGGCUUAUAUACACUAGGCUAUAGAUCCUACCUCCUCCUCGACCUCCCGCCACUAGACCGCACACCGGGCAACCGGGCAACGAGUACACCGCACCCGAACGCGACGCAGGUGGACUGGUACAAUGACGCGUUACGGUCUGGCGCAGAACUAUUUGCUAAAAGGAGGGAUGUCGAGGUAAGGGUAUUUGAUGCGCAUGCGAGAUUGAAUGGGAUUAUGGAUCAUCCGGGACAGUAUGGGAUGGUGAAUAUGACGGGGUUUUGCGCGGGUUAUGAUCAGCCUGAUAUUGAGUUGAAUUACGAAGAUUAUGGCUGUCCGGUGCCGUUGGAUGAGUAUUUCUGGUUUAACUCGAGGCAUUUGACGAGCCAUGUGCAUCGGAUAUUGGCUGAGGAGCUUGAUGAGUGGUUGCAGGGGUAG